CAUUCACAUCACCAGAAGGUGCCACAACUAGCUACGACGAAUGACAACACAAUAAUGUCACAUGAUCACACCCCAGACUCGUUAUUCGACUCGUUUACUCAGCCCGAUCCCGCAUCAGGAUCGAGGCCAAGGCCCUACGCCCGACCUUCUACCUCGCUCACCUCAUACUCGCCUCGACCCGGCUCUGCACUCGGACCAGAACAUGAACUCGCUGCAGGAGAAGAGACUCUCGAGCGGAUGAUGGAACAGGGAGGACGGACACGACGGGAUCGUGAGCAGAGAACUCGAACGAGAAAGAGGGCAAGGGGGGAGAGGGACAACGCUCGUGCGAGGGGGAAUGUAGAUACUUCAGGCACCGACGGGGACGAUCUGGAUGAACUUUUUGAGAUUCCUCGACCGAGGACUCGUACAUCGUCGUCGAAAGGCUCGAAGGUCAGCCAGACGAAAAAGAAGGCGGGCAAAGGUGGAAAGCCGAGGAUGACGCCUUACCAGGACGAUCCUUCUCUGGACUUGUCCCUCGACCCCGGCUCUGACUCGAACAUCAGCGCCAAUUCGGAUGACGAGGACGGGACGCACGGGACUCCAGAAGACGGUUACGGGACAGAGGGAUCAGGGCAAGACGAAGGGGACCUCGAAACCCAGAUCUUCAACUCGAUCGGGUUGUUCCCCUCGACCUCCUCUACUCUGGACCUCGAUCAUCAUGUUGAGCACCACAAUCAUCUCCGAGCCAUGACAACCAGUAUCAAUACUCCUCGUCUCAAACCCAAAUCAAACCCGAAGCAAAGAGAACCAGGCUGGAAAGGACCUCUGGAAUCCUCGGCUCUCAAACACGGUCCGCAGCGGGGAAUGUUUGAUUUUCCCCUCUCACCGGACGUAGAGUAUAUCCCCAAUCCAGACUACCAGACCCUGCACGACCUCGCUCAACACACUCUCGCUUCCACGGCGUUCUUGUACGCCGGCGGACCUUAUGCUGUCGGACCUCCCGCCUCUCUCUCCCUAUCGGGGAUGGGCACGGGAAUGGGGUCGGACAUGGGAAUUGGGAGGGUUCAAGGUGCGGGCGCGGGAGGAUGGGGCGUCAAGGGCGCUCGAGGAAAGUUUGGGGUGGGGAUCUUGCCGAGGGGUGGAUGAGCUCCGGAUUCAAGCUCGGGAGCUGGAAGGACAAGGACAAGAUUGCUACAGUGGCGAGCUGGUGAAACCGACGAGAAAGACGACAUUACGACCAUAAUGACAGUUGGGCUUUUGAGACCCUAUUUCCGGGAUUGUUGUGGUUUCGUGUAAUCAACGGGAUGUAAACAUGGGAUCAUCGUGAAUGUUCAGAUAUAGGAAACCGACUAUAUGCUGUGCUCAGGACAACGAUGUUGAUGAAUGCAAGAGUACCAAAUGCGAAAAGAGAUUUAUGGUAACGGGUCACGUACCAAGAUGAGUGGCAUCAUCUUAGCUAUCACGUUGACUCUUGUUUGACGGUCACAUGAAGCAUGAAAGAUCACAGCGAAUACCAUGAAACGGGAAAGUACCCGGCUUCGGUAAAAACGCCUUUAGUGGAAGCUUAUAUCAACAAUGAAAUCCGGGACUUGAACUCCCGUUUACAGCCGUCGAAUGGGUUGAGG